AUGAACCGAUUUCUCGUGUUUCUGCUACUCUAUGCGACGACAGCUCGAUCGGCAGACAACCUUCACAAUGUCACGAAGAAGUCGGAUGUCUUCUGGCAGCUCGCCGAAUUAGAUGCUCGUGCCCCCCAAAAAUUAGGCAACGUCUACUUGGGUAGUCAAAACUACACAUGGUGCUGUCUUAAAGCCAUCGAAAUUGGGUUGCGCCUUCUUGAUAACGGCACCUUGAUCAUUGCCAACAACUCGAUCACCAACAUUAGCGCAUUUACAACCGGUGACCUUCGAGACGCCGCCCUCCGAAGUCAGUUUCCCUGCGAUGCCAAGUACAAUGAUGCGCAUCUUGGUGGCGCGCCUGAGGUGCAAGUCCAAUAUAGGUGGUUCAUCGACAACUGUCCGGGCUGGUCUCUCAGCGACAAAUCUAAUUUGAAUGCUUGGCUUCAUUCUCUCUCAGGUUUCUUACUACCAGCUGUUGUGUUCUGCAUGUCAGUGCCCAGACGGCGGAAACUCCAUGUUUAUCGCUCCUUGUUCGUAGCAGACCUUGCGGGGAUCAAAAGCAUCAUUCCAGCAAUCCUCGGCGCUAUCGGUGCAGGUUUGAUUGUUACAGUCGACACAAUUAUUUGGCUGUCCAUCUGCUUCGCCUUCGCCGGUCCCAUGAUUCUCAGUGGGCUCUACGAGGCAUUGCUAGAUAACCGAGUUCUCGAGUUCCUCAGAGACAAGAUUCAGAACAAACGCUUGACGCUCGAUAUGCGCUGCCGGUGUCUCAUGCUGAUACUGAUCGGGAACCUUGAUCUCGCUCUAGACCGCGAGACUCUCAGAUGGGGGAGACAAGCAUCAAUUUCCACCGCAUCAGCAGCACCUGUCGAAAAGGGGCAAACGCCACAAGAAGGUCAAAACGCACAAGUGGAAGGAGUUUCACCACCCAUGCCUCACAAAUGGCGUUCGGCCGACGAUAGGAAUGUGCCACUUGGAUCCCUGGCUCCUCAGGAAGAAGCUUUUGGCAGCCGUGUCACCCGUUCCUCCCAUGACAGAACUCCGUUACCAAUCGUCGCAAACUCAACGUCUGCGGAUAUGGAGCUGGUAGAUCAGAACAGUAGACGGCACCCUUCCGUUCAACAGCCAAACGCGAAUAACGCUUCCUCGACGCAAGCGUUUCCACGCCACUCCACCGGUCACUUGACGGCAUCUCCUUGGCGUCACAUGGAGACUAUGCUCUACGACCUACGGCUUUACGAUGACGACAACAUUUCUAGGAGUCAGUCUCCGCGUCAAUUCUUCCUCGGGGGCUUCAUCUUCUCAUUCCUGACGAGCCUUGACGAACUUGGAGAUGAAAAUAUCGCGGAAUCCAUUGCAUUUGGGUCAUGGUACAUGAUCAUUCCUCACAUCGCCAUCAUCUCCGGUCUGCUACUUGCUGGAAAUAACCCCAAUAUUCUUGAGGGAGUUCUGGCAACAGAGCGCGACCCGAAAGACCCGGAAGACCCGACUUAUGUCUUCGGCUUCUUGCGCUUUGAUCUUGUCUAUCCAAGUUGCUACAAGGUGGCCUGGCAAUGGCUGCGCGGCCAUACCAAGAAACAGUGGAUUGAGCAGCUUCUUACCGUCUAUAGCAGAAGAACAGAUGUCGAAUAUCUGGGCCAUGAGGAUAACGACGGCGAUAUGAAAGAUCUACGGUCCAGGACCACUUUGUCGCUCCUCGACUGGUCCGUCCUGCUCUUUCUCACGUUACUGCUCGUCGGUGUCCCCUAUUUGUUCGCAUUCAUGCUGGCAUUCUUCACACCUCAGAUUGGGCUGUCCUGUCGCUCCCUGACGUUUCUGGUCUACUUUGGUCUCCAGCUGGCACAAAUUGGUCUCUGGCUUUGGGCUUAUAUCGGUCCUCCAGGCCACGUCACCAACCCCAACCGGCGCAUCAGAGCACUAGAUAUGUUUAGAAAGGGAGGAUGGCUCGAAAGACAGAACUUUUAUGACCCUUCUAGGGCUCCAUGGCAUGAAAACACACACUCGAACAGUACCAAGGUUACUGACUUCCUGGUCCAUAUCAGCAGACCAAGAUCAUGGACUUUACACACAUUUUGGUUCUCGCUGUACUACUCACUGCAAAUGAUUUUCGGAUUGGGUGCAGUUUUCGUCAGCCUGGGGGACACUUUGAUGCAAAUCAUCGGCGUGUACCGCACGAACAUGUGCUUCAUCAACGCACAUGAUUGGUUAGAGCCGGACGACAGACGACCCCCGGUUGUGUUGUCAGUAAACAGUCGGGAGAUGAUUAACUCUGCAACAAAGUACUGGAAGCCAGUCGCCAUCGCCGCGAUAGCGUUUAUGGCGGUUGUGAGCUUCGUAGGCUGGUGGUACCAGCGACGUAUGCGCGAUGUGUUCGGGCAAUUGGUUAAGAGGAUUGACGAGGCUGAGUUCGAACGCGAGUGGCCAGUCCGUCCCAGACCCGCUCAAGCAACCAUGACAAAUGGUGCCGUCGACGGACAGCAAAGCUAA